AUGGCAAAAGCCAAGGUCCUGUUCCAGUACAAAGAUGCUCAGUCCCCCGACCCGGCCCCGGCGUGGGACCGGAGAUGCUCUGGGCCCGGGGGGCGCACCCCGGAGCCCCGAACCCAGGUCCGCCGGAACCUCGCGUCCCCGCCGGGCGGCCCCGGAACCCCCGCCCAGCCCGGCCACUCGGCCGCGGGCUCGUGCCAGCCCCGGCGCGGGCCGCCCGGGCUCCCGCGGUCCCCUUGGCGCACCCCCGCCCAGAUUCUCCUUGAGCCCCGCUCCACGGGCCGCUCGGCGCGGGCUUCUCCUUGUGCCCGGCCCUCCCGACCCCCGGGUCCGCCCCCACUCACUGCGCGGCGGCAGCUGCGGCGGCCCGGCCGGGAGACGCCGGCGGCCCGAGAGCGCGAGCGCGAGGACGAGCGAGCCGGCGCCCGGCGGCGGCGGCGGCGGCGGCAGAAGGGACGACUGAGCCCGCGCCCGGAGUUGCCGCUCCUGCCGCCUGGCGCGGGCGGCGCCUUCCCAGCAGAGCCGCGGCGCCGCGAGCGCGGGCGCCCCCUAACGGCGGCGCGGGCGAGAGGCCAGAGGGCCCGACGGCCGCAGGGACUCAGCCGGGCGCAGCCUGGACCGCACGGUCAGGCCAGCUUCGCUGCAGCCCCGAAGCCACGCCCCGAGGCCCCAGUCCCGCCCCCGGGGCCCCGCCCCCCGAAUCCACGAGGCCCCGCCCAGACCCCGCCCCUACGUCCCGCCUCCGCCCGCAGUUUGGGAUCAGCGUAG